UCCAACCCUGGGGGCUCCGAUGGUGGCCAUCCUCGGGGAUGCUGCCUUAACCCCAUGUCACAUCUCGAAGAGCUGGUGGGUCACGGAGCCAUGGGAGUCUCAAGGGCCAGAGGGAAGAACAGCAGCAGCAGGAAGCAAAAGAGCGAGUCGGGGAAGGGGCAGGAGGUGCCAAAGCCACCCAGGGGAAAGGCUGUGAAGCAGGAGCCGGAGGAAACACCAUGCAUGGUGCAGCCCCCUGCGGUAAAAGGGAAGAAGAAGAAAUCACCACAGGUCGAGGAGAAGCCGCUGCAGGAAAAUAUCAUCAGCAGAAGCUCUCUAAAGCAAGAGGCUGCAGAAGGGAAAGGUCUCAGCUCGAGCCUGCGGGAUGGGAUCCAAGCAGAGGAGGGAGCCGCAUCUGGGUCGGAGGAGACCAGAUCAAUCCUCCACCAAGGGUCAUCAGUGGAGCUGAAAGACUCUUCAGGGUCGCAGCGCAAACCCCGGAGAGCGGGACCCACAGCAGGACGGUGGCUCUCAGCGACCAAGGCUGGAGUUGGGGUCCCAAAGCCAAGUGAUGGUGUUGCUGGUGGGGCUGCAUCCCUCUCUGGAGAGUCUGAGGCUUUGGAGAUGGAUGUGGGGCUUGCCGCUGUGAGGGAGGAUGAGGAGAAGGAGCUGGACCCCCCUUUCCCACAGCAGCGAGGGGAUGCCCGAGACCCAAAAAGAAAAAAAGAGAGAGAGAAGAAGCAAGAGCAAAGGAAGCAGCAGGAAAAGGGAUUGCUGAGAAAAGGAGGGAAGAAGAAGGAUGAAUUUGAGGAAAGCCCUGGGGAUGUGAUGGAGGGCAUCGAGGAGGAGGAGGGAGAAGGGGAAAGCAGAGAAGCGCAAGAAGGUGAAAACAGAGGGGGUGGGGAAGAAGAAAAUAAAGAAGGAAAAAAUGUUGGAAGAGGAGCAAGAGCUGGAGAAGACAGAUGA